AUAUAUAUAGUUCAAUCUGCAUGAUAAACGCGAUUAAGCUUGAAAUAAAAAAUAGCAGUGAAAAUGAAAAUGAUUGAGAUAGUUUCAGCAGAACUCAUCAAACCAUCUUCUCCCACACCACCAUCCCUCCAACGCCUCAGUUUCUCCAUGUUAGAUCAGCUCUUGCCGUCAAACUACGUGCCCAUGGCGUUCUACUACCCGGAUUCGCCAACAACAAUAUCAGUCCAACUACUCAAAACAUCCUUGUCGCAAAUUCUCACCAAGUUUUACCCUUUGGCGGGCAGAUUUCACGGCAACAAUGCCUGGAUCGAUUGCAGCGACCAAGGGGCGGCGUUUGUGGUGGCCCGGGCGAGUUGUCCGCUGUCUAGCUUUCUUGUCCGAGGCUCUGAGCCUGAAUCGGCAAGACGGGUCCUCCCGAUUGGGGUGGAAACCAAUGAUUUGUUCAAGGGUUGCCCUCUCCUCACUCAGGUGACAACGUUUCCUUGCGGUGGUUUGGCGAUUGGCGUGCGCGUUUGCCACAACAUCUGCGACGCCUCCUCGCGUACUGCCUUUGUCAACGCCUGGGCAGCCGUCUGUCGUGGCGGCGACAUCCACGUCACGGCGGCUCCGGAGUUCAUCUCCACAAAACUCUUCCCCCCACCGCCGCCGCCGCCACAACAGCAGACCGUCACAUCGCCAUCCCGGGCUCUCGAGCCCAAGCGAGACCAAAGCCUAAUGACCAAGAAGUACGUCUUUAAUGCUUCUAGCGUCUUGGCUCUAAAGGCCAAAGCCGCAAGCGAAAAAGUGCCAAAACCCUCCCGCGUCGAAGCCGUGACGGCACUCCUAUGGAAAUGCGCGAUAAUGGCUCGGAGAAGAUCGCACAAUAACCACCCGAUUCAUUCCGUGAUGACCCAAGCUGUGAACCUGCGGAAGAGGCUCCAUCCUCCCCUGCCCGAUUCUUGCAUCGGAAACUUAAUCCUCUGCUACGCCCCGCUCUACCAAAACCACGAAGUUCCCGAUUUGCGAGAAUUGGUGGGUAUUCUAAGGCGGGGGCUAUCCGAGUUGAGCGACAAGUACGUAGAAAAGGUUCGGCAAGGGGGAGACGAGGCGAGUCGCGCCAUAGCCGAGUCGUUCCGAGAGAUUGAGGAAAUCACGGGCGGAGAGGGCGCGGAAGUGUACAGGUUCACCAGUUGGUGCGGCUUUCCGAUAUACGAAGCGGAUUUCGGCGGCGGAGCGCCGGCGUGUGUUGGCAUUAUUGGUACUUCGGCGUUCAAGAAUGUGGGUGUGCUGGUGGACGCAAAGGACGGGUGUGGAGUUGAAGCGUGGGUGUGCUUGAGUGCCCAUGAAAUGGAAUCCUUUGAUACUAACAACGACUUGCUCGCAAGUCUCCAUUGUGAUUGAGGUAAAAACUUCUAUGAGAGUGAAAAUGUAAUAGAAAUAAAAUGUUGCAAUUUCUAAGUGCAAGUGUAAU